GACUGGGCUUCAAUAAAACCCCGGCGAGGGGCCCCGCGCGCAAAAAUGGCUGGGGCAAUUAUAGAGAACAUGAGCACCAGGAAGCUGUGCGUGGUCGGCGGGAUCCUGCUGGCGCUCCAGGUCGUCGCCUUCCUGGUGGGCGGCUUGAUCGCUCCAGGGCCCACGACAGCUGUGAAUUACCUGUCGGUGAAGUGUGUGGAUAUCCGGAAGAACCACCACAAGGCAAAAUGGCUGAUACCUUGGGGCCUCAACAAGUGUGACAAGAUCCAGGACAUCGAGGAAGCAAUUCCGCGGGAGAUCGAAGCCAAUGACAUCGUAUUCUCCGUCCACAUUCCCCUCCCCAACAUGGAGAUGAGCCCCUGGUUCCAGUUCAUGCUCGUCAUCCUGCAGCUGGACAUUGCCUUCAAGCUCAACAACCAAAUCCGAGAAAAUGCAGAGGUGUCCAUGGACGUUUCCCUGGCUUACCGCGACGACAUGGUCGCUGAGUGGACGGAGAUGGCCCAUGAGAGGGUGCUGCGGAAACUCCAGUGCACCUUCAACUCCCCCAAGACGCCAGAACAUGAGGGCCGCUACUACGAGUGCGACGUGCUCCCCUUCAUGGAGAUUGGCUCCGUAGCACAUAAGUAUUACCUGCUGAACAUCCGGCUGCCUGUGAACGACAAGAAGAAAAUCAACGUCGGGAUUGGGGAGAUCAAGGACAUUCGGCUGGUGGGAAUCCACCAAAACGGAGGCUUCACCAAGGUGUGGUUCGCCAUGAAGACCUUCCUGACGCCCAGCAUCAUCGUCAUCAUGGUGUGGUACUGGCGCAGGAUCACCAUGCUGUCCCGGCCCCCCGUGCUUCUGGAGAAGGUCAUCUUCGCCCUGGGGAUCUCCAUGACCUUCAUCAACAUCCCCGUGGAGUGGUUCUCCAUCGGCUUCGACUGGACCUGGGUGCUGCUGUUCGGGGACAUCCGACAGGGCGUCUUCUACGCCAUGCUGCUGUCCUUCUGGAUCAUCUUCUGCGGCGAGCACAUGAUGGAUCAGCAUGAGCGGAACCACAUCUCCGGGUACUGGAAGCAAGUUGGCCCGAUUGCUGUGGGCUCCUUCUGCCUCUUCAUAUUUGACAUGUGUGAGAGAGGCGUACAACUCACCAACCCCUUCUACAGUAUCUGGACUACGGAUGUGGGGACGGAGCUGGCUAUGGCCUUCAUCAUCGUGGCGGGGAUCUGCCUGUGCCUCUACUUCCUCUUCCUGUGCUUCAUGGUGUUCCAGGUGUUCCGCAACAUCAGCGGGAAGCAGUCCAGCCUGCCCGCCAUGAGCAAGGUGCGGCGGCUGCACUACGAGGGGCUGAUUUUCAGAUUCAAGUUUCUCAUGCUGAUCACCCUGGCCUGUGCCGCAAUGACUGUCAUCUUCUUCAUCGUUAGCCAGGUGACCGAAGGCCACUGGAAGUGGGGCGGCGUCACGGUGCAGGUGAACAGUGCCUUUUUCACAGGCAUCUACGGCAUGUGGAACCUGUACGUCUUCGCGCUGAUGUUCCUGUACGCGCCGUCCCACAAGAACUACGGGGAGGACCAGUCCAACGGUGACCUGGGCGUGCACAGUGGCGAGGAGCUGCAGCUGACCACCACCGUCACCCACGCAGACGGACCCACCGAGAUCUACAAGCUGACCCGCAAGGAGGCCCAGGAGUAGGCAGCGCUGGCCCCGGGGUCUCCCAGCCUCGGCGCUCCUGGACCUGGCGGGCGGCCUCCGGAGUAGCCUUUGGAGGCUGAAAGUGAUGACGAGGCCGUGGUGAGGAGGUCUGGGCCGGGUUAACUAGGACGCGGGACGGCACCAGCAGGCGGUCGGCGAGACUCGAGUGUCCUCUGGAAAUGCCUGGCCGCGUGGGGUGUAGACGAGGGGACUGCGGCUCGCUCUUCUGGUCUUAGGUUCUGGGGUAGAUUUCUAACACUCACAGUCCGGUGUGCUGGUGCCUUCACACCUCACCCGUGACCACUUCUUUCUAUUUAUAUCACCAAGUAACCGACUGAGUUAAUAUUUAAGUUGUCAGUAGAGCUCUGUCCCUGUUUUUAUGGCUUACUACAAAAUAAUUGAAUUUCGUGAGGUCUGUUCGACCAGAGGCAUUUCAGCUUUGAAACCAAAUCUGUGUAUCUGCUACUAACCAGGCUGUCUGUCGGUGUGGGUUUAAGAAAAAAUGUUUGUUUAAUCACCCCAGUAGGAUUUGUGGUAUUAAAUGGCCUUUGGG